AUGGACCAGUCGGCAGGAGACUUAGGAAACGAGAACAAGCCUACUACCACUAGCAUAGACGCGCAAUCGGGAGCUGACGAGACCAUGGCCUCCCCCAGCCGCCCUGCCGGCUCUCAGUCUGGUGGUGUUUCGCCUGAGAAGGCCACUCCAACCCAGAAUCCUUCAGACAAUCCGCUGGAUGCCCCGCCUUCACCAAAAGGGCAGAAUGAUGAGAUGGAAGACGAAGAGAUGGGCGGCACAAACGACUCCAAGGGCGACAAUGACGCUGGAGAGGAUGGGGAUACCUCUAUGCUCCAGCAUCAAACUGAUGGCGCUGCGGAUGGACCGUCAGACCAGAGCAAAGCUGCGACAGAGGCCUCGGCGCGUUCAAACCUGAUUGCGCAAACCCAUGCAAUCAUCCUACCUAGCUAUACCAGCUGGUUUGAUAUGAACACCAUCCACCCAGUCGAGAAAAAGGCUCUUCCGGAAUUCUUCAACAGCCGGAAUCGUAGCAAAACGCCCGCAGUCUACAAGGAUUACCGUGAUUUCAUGAUCAAUACCUACCGAGUGAACCCAGUCGAAUACCUUACGGUCACCGCCUGCCGAAGGAAUCUGGCCGGAGAUGUUUGCGCAAUCAUGCGAACACACGCCUUUUUGGAGCACUGGGGUUUAAUUAACUAUCAGGUUGAUCCUCAAUCACGUCCUUCAAAUAUUGGCCCCCCUUUUACUGGCCAUUUUAGAAUCACUGCAGACACUCCUCGUGGUUUACAGCCAUUCCAGCCUGGCCCAAACACAAUUGUCACACCUGGAAAGCCUCACCCAUCCACCGACAGAGCAGCCGCGGCAACACCACAGUCGAAAUCGGACCUCAAUCUCGAGAUUCGUCGCAACAUAUAUGACGACAAGGGAAAAGAGGUCACCCCAUCUGACAGCAAGGACAAGGAAACCAAUGGUGAAGAUGCAGUUACCAACGGAACCCCUGCCGAGUCAAGCACAAAGGCCAUGGAAGCAUCCGUAAAGGAAGGUAAAAAGUCCUUGAACUGCUACGCUUGUGGCAUCGACUGCACACGGGUUCGAUUCCACUACGCAAAAUCGGCGCCCGUAUCAACAACCACAAACCCGUCAGAACUCAAGUAUGAUUUGUGCCCGAACUGCUAUCUCCAGGGUAGAAUGCCAGCUUCCCACCAGGCUUCUGAUUUCGUCAAGCUGGAAGAUAGCCAGUAUACUACCAUACAAGAUCGCGAGAAGCCAUGGUCGAACUCGGAACUUCUUCUGCUCCUUGAGGCCCUCGAGAACUUCGACGACAACUGGCAGCAGAUUUCUCGACAUGUCGGUUCACGGACUCCUGAAGAGUGUGUUAUGAAAUUCCUCCAGCUUGAGAUUGAAGACAAGUAUCUCGAAGAUCCCGUUGAGGGUACCUCUUCGAUGCUGGGCGCUGCCGGUGGACGAGAACCAGUCAGCCAGCUAGAGAACCCCGUCUUGUCUGUGGUAACUUACCUGGCACAAAUGACUGAGCCUUCCAUUGCAGCCGCAGCCGCCGGCCGAUCGGUUGAAGAGAUGCGCCGCGAUCUACAGAAGCAGCUUGACAAGCGCACCGCAUCCACAAACAAGGAGAAAGACGGUGAGAAGGCUGGAGAAAAAGGAAAAGAAGCAGACUCAAUGAAAGCAGAGGACUCUAUGGAAAUUGACACUGCCAACGAAGGCCAAGAAGCUGCUACCUCAUCAACAAGUCAAGGCAAGACAACCCAGGCCACUCUUACGUCCAUUGGCCUCGCUGCUUCUGCUGCACGCGCCGGAGCCCUAGCAUCGCAUGAAGAGCGAGAGAUGACCCGCCUUGUAGGCGCUGCAGUCAACCUCACACUGCAGAAGCUUGAAUUGAAACUAGCACAAUUCUCAGAACUCGAAGCCAUUGUUGAAGCUGAGCGUCGAGACCUUGAACAAGCCAGACAACAGCUAUUCCUCGACCGUCUCGGACUUAAGCGAAGAAUUAAGGAAGUAGAAGAAGCCUUCAAGGCCGCUAGCCUGGAAGGAAACGAAGCCGGAGCUGCCGUUGCCGCUCAAGCUCAAACAAUCGGACUCGGCGAGAACUACACCUUCCAGCAGACUAGUGCCGACCACGGCGUUAACGCCAUUCAGCCAUACAGCACUAGCGGUGGACCAGAGUACAAGUCAUAUGAAAUAUGA